CGGUCACAGGAGGCUGACGACGCUUCCUCACUUCCGGUUUUGUUUAAAAGUCUUUUUUUCUUAGUUUUUCAUCUUAUUUGUACAAACGGAAUUCAGAAACGACAGGAUACGAGAGCAUUAAAAAGUGAAUAUGAGUAAAAACGGGUGUAAAAAGAAGAGUUUGGGCGGAACAGACAGCUGAUCUGCUUCAUCCACAGGUAUGUCCCCCUGCGUUCACUCUGCUGCCCAGGAAUGUCUCACUGUUGUCGGCUCCGCAGGCUAACACUUUAGCCGAGCUUUAAACCGACAAACCGACACUUCACCCAGCGUGAGUGUCGUCGAGGUUAGUCGUCAAGGAAGGAGACAUUAAAACAACGCCAGCAGCUUUUAAUGGAGGAAAACUGAUUGUUCAACUAACGCAACAGUCACCCGAGCGAUUAACCGACUAACUGCGAGCGGGACAGCUGAACGGCAGCAGGAUGCCAGCAGGACCGGCUGCUUCCCAGACCAAAGUCCAGGGAGAGACUCCGUGGUUCUGACCACCAGGGUCACAUCGGCCCCUGGUGGUCACUCUUUAGAACUCAGUGAUGAGGCAGCGCUGGGUCCACAAACUGGGUUUCCAGUGAAGUCUGUUUGUGGAACAGCUUCAUCAAAACCGUACACUUUGUUCAGACAGAAGAAGCUGCUGUGACGCAGGUUUUAGUCCUGACCCAGUUUGGUGCUGUUUUUAGGCCACGUUUCCUCUGAGCUCAUCAAACACGUUCAGUCAGAGAAACCGCAGACUCUCCUCGGCUCCAGGUUUUGGUCCUGGAUCAUGUUUUCCUCCUGGUAACCCGAGCCUGUCAGAGAGAGAGGAGGCGAUGAGUGCGCAGUGACAGUCAGGCGUCCCAUUGGCCGAUGGUCCUGUCCGUCACAGGAAGUGUUUGUUGCAGCAGGAAAGGUGAGGUUUCCAACACUCACCUGAGGCAGAGUCCAGAGCAGCAGCUGCAGCGAUCGUCUCACACUAAGGCUCACGGUUGAGGUUCGGCGUCAUGCCGUCGUCGUGGUGUUUGGACCUGAGACGUGGGAUCCUGCGGCGGUACCGACAGGUCCCUCAAACCGAUUCGCUCAACUACGGACGAGGCUCAAACCACCGAGUUCUGGUCAAUUCUGGAGUGUGCGGCUGCUGUGGUCCACUGAGGCCACGGUACAAACGACUGGUGGACAAUAUCUUCCCUGAGGACCCCAAAGACGGCUUGAGUAAAUCAGACAUGGAGAAGUUGACCUUCUACGCUGUGUCGGCUCCAGAGAAACUGGACCGGAUCGGAGCUUAUCUGGCUGAGCGGCUGAGCAGGGAUGUGGUUCGACACCGAUACGGGUACGUGGUGAUCGCCAUGGAGGCUCUGGACCAGCUCCUCAUGGCCUGUCAUUCUCAGAGCAUCAAACCCUUCGUGGAGAGUUUCCUGCACAUGGUGGCCAAGCUGCUGGAGUCCAGAGAACCGGACCUGCAGGUUCUGGGAACCAAUUCAUUUGUGAAGUUCGCCAACAUCGAGGAGGACACGCCUUCGUACCACCGCCGCUACGACUUCUUCGUGUCCCAGUUCAGUGCCAUGUGUCACUCCACCCACGAGGACCCUGAGACCAGGACCAGGAUCCGUGUGGCAGGGAUCAAAGGUCUCCAGGGCGUGGUCAGGAAGACGGUGAACGACGAGCUGCAGGCCAUCAUCUGGGAACCACAGCACAUGGACAAACUCAUCCCCUCCAUGUUGUUCAACAUGCAGGAGAGUGAGGAGCUGGACAGGGCGGCUCAUCCUGGUACCCCCCCCCAGGGAGCAGGCCAGGACGGUGAGGAGAACCCAGCAGCACUGGCCGAGAGCUGCUUCAGAGAACUCCUGGGCCGAGCAGCCUACGGCAACAUGAACAACGCUGUCCGACCAGUCUUAGUUCACCUGGACAAUCACCACCUGUGGGAUCCAAAUGAGUUUGCAGUUUCUUGCUUCAGAAUCAUCAUGUACUCCAUCCAGGCACAGCACUCCCAUCACGUCAUCCAGCAAGUUCUCAAUCAUCUGGACACCCACAAGAGGACCACACCGAGGGUCAGAGCCGGCAUCGUCCAGGUGCUGCUGGAGACGGUGGCCAUCGCUGCAAAAGGGUCUGUGGGCCCCACAGUCCUGGAGGUCUUCAACACUCUGCUCAAACACCUGAGGAUGAGCGUGGACUUUGAACUGGGAGAGGGCUCCAGGAGGAACUCCUGCGCCUCCUCCUCGUCAGUCCGAGGCAGAGAGAGUGAGGAGCGAAUUGUCCAGAAUGCCAUCAUCCAGACGAUCGGUUUCUUUGGAGGGAAUCUUCCAGACUACCAGAGAGCGGAGGUUAUGAUGUUCAUCAUGGGUAAAGUUCCUGUUUUUGGAGCGCCGUGUCACACUCUGGACACGGUGAAGAUCGGGCCUCAGGGCACGAAGAGGAUCCAGACGAUGCUGCUCAGCUCCCUCAUCAUGGUGACCUCCGGGUUUCGGUCCAAGUCCAUGGCGGCGGCGCUGCCUCCGUCCUUCCUGGACCCGCUCUUCUCUCUGUCUCUGAUGGAGGACAGCGAGCUGCGGCAGCUGGUGCUGGAGAUUCUGCACAACAUCACGGAUCGCCACGACAACCGCGCCAAGCUCCGAGGCAUCAGGAUUAUUCCCAACGUGGCGGCGUUGAAGAUCAAACGGGAAAAGAUUUCCAAACAGGAUGUGGCGUUCAUGAAAAAGCACGGUCAGCAGAUUUACCGCCACAUCUACCUCGGCUGUAAAGAAGAAGACAACGUCCACAAGAACUUUGAGCUGCUCUUCACCACACUGGCCGUCCUGACCAUUGAGCUGGCCAAUGAGGACGUGGUCAUUGACCUGAUCCGCCUGGUCAUGGCUCUGCAGGACAUGGUUCUGACCAAUGAGGAGAACCUGCCCAUGUUGAACCGCUGCAGCGUCCUGGCCCUGGUGGCGGCGUACCUCAACUUCCUGAGCCAGAUGAUCGCUAACCCGCCGUUCUGUCAGCACGUUAGCAAGGUGAUCGAGCUGAGGAACAUGGACGCUCCGUACCUGCUGCCAGAACACGUCUUCAGGGACAAGAGUCGACUCCCUGACUCCCUGGAGAAGGAGGACAGACUCCUGUAUUUCCAGACUUCAGAUUUGGUGGACUGUCUUUCUGGACCAGGAUACAACGCCGAGAGACUAACUGUUCCCUACAUUCCUCAGGUCACAGAUGACGACCGUCUGACCAGGAGGAAGAGUCUUGUGGACACGGUGUCUCUGCAGGUGGACAUCAUGUCCAACAGUCUUCCAGACAAGUCCCAGCAGGCUGAGGAGAUCACCUUUGAGACCCUGAAGAAAGCCAUCGAUACCGGUGGUCUGGAGGAGCAGGAGCGCGAGCGACGGCGUCAGGUGAUGGAGAAGUUCCAGAAGGCUCCGUUUGAGGAACUGGCCGCCCACUGCGAGUCCAAGGCCAACCUCCUCCAGGACCGACUGGCUCAGAUCUUUGAACUCACCAUCCGGCCGCCGCCCAGUCCCUCUGGUGUGGUGUCCAUCACAACUGGACACGCCCAGCACCAGUCGGUACCAAUCUACGAGAUGAAGUUCCCGGAUUUAUGUGUCUACUGAGAAAACCCGCAAAUAUACUGAGGCCCCGACCCAAUCAGAACUGGGUCAAGCCCCGCCCCCGACCCAAUCAGAACUGGGUCAAGCCCCGCCCCUGACCCAAUCAGUUUUCCACCUCCCUGAAUCACAUGGUUGCUUCCUCCUCAUUGGAUGUUUCACUAGAGCUUCACACGAUGUCGUAAAUAUUUUUGUACAUGUGAUCGUUUCGUUGGCUGGUACAGAUUCAAACAUCAGGAGAAGAAGAGGAACGGUACAUUUCAAAUGUAAAAUAAUGACUUACUAAAUAUACGGUAGCUAGCCUUAGACGACGUUAGGCUAGUCUCCACAUCGUUAAAGUUUUUUGUAGACCAUGUUGAAUGUGAGAAACAUUUUUCACCAGCAUUUAAAGAAUAGUUCAGAUAAUCAGUGACUUUAGCUUCACCACUGCCCCCGGUGGUCAGUUUGUGUUACUGACAGACAGUGCUGAGUCUCUGUGAUUCAAAAUCACUGAUUUUGUUUCGUGUUAUUCUCCAUCGAUUGAAAAAUCCUGAGCUACGUCGAAAUAAACGGUCGAAAAAA